AUGUUGGAAUUUUUGUGGGGUAUUGUCGUUGGUGCUGUCUUGGUACUUUCAAUUAUUUACGUCUGGUUAUUUAACCCAUUCGGAAACAUACCUGUGCGCACUGCAUUUGUUGAGCAAUUUCAACCACACCGUUUACCUGAUGAACUAAAGCAUUUUCUGAACGCAGUUGACGAUGAAAGCCAAACUCCUCAGUGGGAAUCAUGCUUCAAUCUGAGCCUUGUCCUCCAUUUCCUUUUUCAAGAACAUAAGGAUACUCGUCGUCUGCGAAGAUGGAUACAUAAGCAGUUACAGCUAGAACUCAAUGAUUUGACCACUCGAAAUGCUGCAGGACGACUCAUAGAAGAUAUUCGAAUUAGAGAUUUGUCCAUUGGCUCCAAAUCUCCUGUGAUAAAAGCAGUAUGUGUAGAAAAUUAUGAAGUGUCAUCGGAUGAAGAUUUCAAAACUUUGAAAUUGCUUGUUGAUGUGGAUUAUACAGGUGGUUUUCAAAGUUCUGUUGAUGUAAGUAUGUUGUUUGGACGAUUUGCACAGCUUUCGAUUAAACUUACUCGUCUUUCCGGAAAAGUUCGGUUGAAAUUAACUCGCGAACCAUUUACUCAUUGGGCUUUCUCAUUUGUGGAUAUGCCAGUUUUGGAUUUCCAGGUUGAUUCACAAUGGCAGGGAAAGCAAGUAAAGCAUCUUAUACCUUUCAUCACGCAACAAUUGAGACGGAUGGUCCAGCGUAAGCACGUGUGGCCUAGUUACAAAAUACGAUAUCGUCCUUUUUUCCCCAAUCCGUUAUACCAACCUUCUCCAUCUUCAAGUGCUUUUGAAUAUAUCAAAGUUACGGGUGUACUAGAAGUAACAGUUUUACGAUGUACGAGACUCAAUACUGCAUUAGUGAGAGAUGAAAAUUCCAAAAUUUUUUGCGUUCUUUCUGUAGAUCAGCGACCAUUAAUGCAGAAUGCAAACCGAAGCUCAACUCGAUGCGUAACUUUGUUAAUAAAUUUCACUCGACAUGGUAACAAUGAGUCAGUUGGAAUGACAUUCUCCAAAUGUUCAAAAAAGCAGGCUCGAAAUUCUUUUGACUCAUUUAUUGUAGGACCUCAGAUCGUAAUACGUUAUAAAUGUUGUAGUUGAUU